CAAAAUGCUGGAUGGUUGUGCUUUCAGAUGCACUAAGACAAGCCUGGGCUGUGUUAGGAAAUGGAGGAGCUGUGGUGAUGUCGUUUGUAGCUGCAGCGGAGAGGCAGCAGCACUGGGAGGGGAAACGACCAGAAGGCAGCUGCUACAGGCGUCAGCGACAACUCUCAGCACUGAGGCAGGCUCUGCAGACUCAAAAAGUUUCGUGUAUCAGCAGGUGAAGAUGAGCGAAGCAAAUCUGCCCAAAGUUGAACUUUUUGUGAAGGCAGGCAACGAUGGCCAGAGCAUCGGCAACUGUCCCUUCUCCCAGCGUCUCUUCAUGGUGCUGUGGCUGAAAGGAGUGACCUUCGAUGUUACCACAGUGGAUAUGAAGAGGAAGCCAGACAUCUUGAAGGACCUGGCUCCAGGUGCCCAGCCUCCCUUCCUGCUGUACGGUAGCGAGGUGAAAACUGACACCAACAAGAUCGAGGAGUUCCUGGAGGAAAACCUCUGCCCUCCCAAGUAUCCCCGUCUGGCUGCUCGUAACCCAGAGUCCAACACAGCAGGCAUGGAUGUUUUCUCAAAAUUCUCCGCUUACGUCAAGAACUCAAACCCUCAGGCCAAUGAAAAUCUAGAGAAAGGCCUGCUGAAGGCUCUGAAGAAGCUGGAUGACUACCUCGGCUCCCCACUUCCUGAUGAGAUUGACGAGAAUAGCGCUGAUGAGGUCACUUCCUCAUCCCGCCCCUUCCUGGACGGCCAAGAUCUUACUCUGUCUGACUGCAACUUGCUGCCUAAGCUCCACAUUGUGAAGGUGGUGUGUUUAAAAUACCGAAACUUCAGCAUCCCUCAGUCUCUGACAAACCUCUGGAGGUACCUGAACGCUGCGUACGCCAGGGAAGAGUUUGCCUCCACCUGCCCGAUCGACGAAGAGAUCCACAUCGCCUACUCCUCUGUAGCUAAAACUCUAAAGUAGGAGGACAACAGGAUGCGCAAGUCAUGAUUACACCAGCAGAACAACACACAAAAGCACAAAAACAACACACACAGACAUCACCUGCACACACAGAGCGUUCGCUCUGCAAGCAACUUGGUCGAUCUGUUUCUGAAGAGGCUUUUUGUGUAGCUUUAAAAGUGGAUAUCACCUUUCAUAAUGUUAGAUAAUUGUGAUGAGCCAAUAUAGCUGGUUUGCUAUCAUCAAACUUUGCUCUUAGGUUUGCUUUAGAUAUGUUUAUUCAUGUAGUUUUCCUCCUAAAAGGGAUUUUGUUCCACGUGGAUCUGUUUACUUCAGUGGGGAAAGGAGGAGGCACAGCAAUCAGUUAAGCUCAUUUAAAAACUAACUCAGCUGUGCCCAAAUUGAUUUGGCUGACAAGCUUGUUUGACUGCCCAUAUAUCAACUGAGUUUUCCUGGACAUUCAGCUCUCUAGAAAAUGAAUUAACUUCUGGUUACUUGUUGAUCACGUUGCUUGCAGGCUCUUUCACACACACACACACACACUUACAUGAACAUUUUCACACACUUAAAACUACAGCCUUGUGUUCAGUUUAAUCAUGAGUAGAUGCACACUGUAAAGUUAUCAUUGUUCCCUUGUUGAUGACAUUUGUUACAGCAUAUACUUGAUGUCUUUUUUGGGGGGAUGGCAAAAUUCAACAGACACAAAGCAGUCUAGCAGAGCACACUUUCACUAGUACCUUGCAAGUGUCAAACAAGCUGUUCAACACUGAUUUUCAGUAUUGGUAUAAAGGAAAUUAUUCUAAAGUGGCAAACAUGCAUAUCAGACGUCAUUUGUGGCUUUGUCUGCAAUCACAUUGACAUUAUUUUUUCGUUACAGAGGGAAAAUAAGGCCUUUGACAGUGAAAGAUAAAGCCAAAUUCUAUUUUAAAUGUAACAGUUUCUUACUCUUCAUAAUGCAUCUACCGGGGGGGGGGCUGAAGGGAGGCAGAGCUGCAAAAAGACAGGAAAUUAUUUCAAUAGACUUGGGCUUCCCCUUUCUGCUCUCCCACAGCAGGCGGGACGGAUUAUUCAAGAUUACAAAGCUUGUUUGUGAUCCGCUGUCAGGGCCUCUUGCCAAUUAUUUUCUGCUGCCUGUCAUGUAUGAAGGAUCCAUUUUGGUGUCAUAUAAAGGAAAGAGAUCUGGUUGCGAGUGUAUUGAAGUGCUAUGGAUGAAGAAGUAAUUGCUGUUGUUAACUGCUAAAGUGCUACACUGAAAGCACUUGUUAUCCGGUAGCUCUGGGCUCAAGGCUGUCGCAUGUUUCUCAUGUGGGAGGAAAAAAACUGCAGGAAGUUAAAUAUAAACAUGUCAAAUGUUUAUAUUAUAGCACUCUGGGCUUUAGGUAGGCCUAACAACCUUUUUUGUAGGCCAUUAUUAAAGGAUAAGGCUGGCAAUGUUCUAUUUCUUACUGUCAGCAAAGACCAAAACCAACAACACAUUACUUUGUCACUCAGUACUUGAUGAAUUGUCCUACCCUGUUUGUGGCCUCAAGCCCAUUCAACCCUACAGAAAUAUGUGGUUUCAUUUAUUUUUUUAAAGGCAAAGCAGUUUCCUAACACUGCAGAGCUCUGUGGUGUUUAGCAGAUGUCAUUCAAACAGGAGUAAAUAGUUUAUUUGAUGCUCUAAGGGGUAUUUACAGCGGAAGGUAAAGUUACAUUUUUAUUAUUGGAUGUAUAGCCAUGAAAUUUUGCUCAGGCAUGCAUGUCCCCCUCAGGAGAAAUUACAAUAACAUUGGUGAUCUUUUAACUUUUCAUCUGGCGCCAUCAUCAAGUGAAACACUUUGGUUUAAAACCUGCAAAACUUGUGAAAUUUAGCCUCAGCUGUAUUUUGUUUUUAGUGGCAAUUAGUAAAUGUUAGCAUGCUAACCCUCUACUUUAAAAUGGUGAACAUUAUACCUGCAUCAGCACAUUAGCAUUGUCACUGUGAGUAUGUUAGCAUGCUGACGUUAGCAUUUAGCUUAGAUUACCACUCACUUUGUCUAAGUACAGACUUGCAGAGCUGCAUAGCUUUAGACUCUUGUUAACGGUUUUGGGACAACAGUGGAACUUAAUGACGGAGGAAUAAGCUGCUGUAUAUCAGGAUCUGGGAACACAGGCAAUACUUGUAAAGCAUUGUUGGUUUUGGUCUUUUCUUGGGAUUUGUUGACAAAUAGAAACAUUAAAUAUCACUAGGCUUAUUCUUAAAUUGAAAAGAUUGUAUAUUUGUUGAUUGUUGGCUGUCUUGCAAACCUGACUUGAAAUUGGGAAGAACUAUAACAAAUAAUAACGCUUUGUCCGACUGUAGUAGCAGCUUGUGUAGAGGAUUUACUUCAUGGCACUAUGCAAAUUUACAUUUAUAGAGGCAGUUGAGACAUUUAUACAGCAGGUAGUGGUGUACACAUCUUUGCUCAAAAUAGCCUCUUAUAUUUCAUGUCUCUCCAAUCAAGGUGAAGCUCUACAAAAAAAAUUAAACCUAAGUGCAAUUUAAACCAAUUGAAAAGACAAUCUUGUACAGAGACUUUGGUUACGUUAGACGUACAGUGUGAGCACAGUUGGGUUUUUCUACAUGAUUUUAAUGACUCAAGUUAAAUCCUUCCUUGAUGAACUAAUGCAAAGAGUGUAUAUUUUACUUGACUGAAUUGUUGUGGCUUUCACCUAUUUUCUAAAAUGGACCAACAUUUAAAGGGAUAGUGUCUGAAUAAUUUCAGUGCUGAUUUAUUUUAGUAUUUCUGGCAUAGCUUUUCACUUUUUACUGUAGGACAAUUUAACUUGAUCUAUUCAUUAAAAUGUUACAUUUAUUAGUUUGUUUUUCACCUCACUGUCUUUAACAUUUUUUUUAUCAUCUUGUACAUGAAUUUUCUUUGUUAUGAGACCAAUAUUGUACUUUUCACUUUGUUUCCUGCAUGCAUUUCCCUACAAAUAGUUUAGCCUUUUUAUGCUGCCAUGUUUUCUAAAGCGGUUGCACUUAAAAGUCCACAGAAUCAAAACAGCAGUGUGGACACUAAAGCAGUAGAUUUCCAAUGAAGACAAUCAAACUAAUAGCACAGCUGAAAUGCAUUUUGUACUUUAAAGCUCUUACAAAGACGCAUGUAUUAAUAUUCCAAUAAAAAAAAUCUUGAUGAAAUUGA